GAGACAUCUUUCCUCUCUAAUCACAGAUUUCGUCUCAGUCGACUCGCUCACACCACUUUCCCUUUUUCGGCUUUGGCUCAUUUCAACUCAAAAAUACCACUCAAGAGUGAGACUCAGUUUUCAGUCCCCAGCAGCGGCAGCAGCAGCAGCAGAAGUAGCCACAGCUUGCAGAUCCCAACUCUACCCUCUUAACUCCGCUCUCAGCUCAGCUCAACUGAUCCUUCCAGCUCCCUUUCCAACAAGCCCCAACUUCAAAUUCCCCUCCUCUUUCCUUCCCUUUCCCUCCCUUUUUCCUCACCUCCUCCAUCAACUUCUUUUCCUUCCCACUCUUUCAAAAUCGCACACUGCAAGAGAGAAAUGAAAUGAAUCAAUGAUGAUCUUCUCUUCUACCCUUUGUUUUUUCUUCUGAGCUUCUCAGCUAAUCAAGAAUUUGCUUGUAAAACUUUGGCAAUACUUUUCACCAUUUCAAGAUCCAAUUUUGAUGCUUGAAAUUAGCUCCAAUUCAGCUUCCAACCAAAACCCAUGAAUUUUCAGUGUCUAAAAUGCAGGGAGGAACCGUCAGUGGGAAAUCUAGUGCAGCAGCGAAUGUGAUGGACUGGGGUGUCAACAAUGCCUUCAAAACUUUGAAAGAAAUGGAACCAAAGUCAUUGGCAAUAAUGGAUGGAUCGAUCAUUCCAAGCAUUGAUCCGACAGAUACUGGUUUAAGUUCCUCAGAGAAGGGCAAUGCUAUUCUUGCUGGAAAACCAAGAAAAAAGACGAUGACGUCAGUGUAUCUCAAGUAUUUUGAAACUGCUGCUGAUGGCAAAAGUAGGAGGUGCAAAUUUUGUGGACAGAGCUAUUCUAUAGCUACUGCCACAGGAAACUUGGGAAGGCAUCUCAGUAAUCGCCAUCCAGGAUAUGAUAAGGUGGAAGAUCUUUCAAAUCCUACUACAUAUCCUAAUCCUGUCACGGUAGUGAAGAAGCCUCAGCCUCAAGUAAAAACAGCUCAAGUGGAACUUGAUCAUUUGAAUUGGUUGCUUACCCAGUGGCUCAUUGUGGCAUCUCUUCCCCCGUCUACUAUGGAGGAAAAGUGGCUGGCAAACUCAUUCAAGUUCCUCAAUCCAUCAAUACAACUAUGGUCAGGGGAAAGGUUCAGAGCAGUACUUCAUGAAGUUUUCCGGAGUAUGCAGGAAGAUGUGAGGGUUAUUGUUGAUCAGGUUUCAUCAAAAGUAUCCAUUACUCUUGAUUUCUGGACGUCAUAUGAGCAAAUUCUUUACAUGAGUGUCACUUGCCAGUGGAUAGAUGAAAACUGGUCCUUUCAGAGGGUUCUACUUGAUGUUUGUCACAUUCCUUGCCCUUGUGGGGGUACUGAAAUAUAUGACACUCUAUUGAAGGUUUUGAAGUUCUAUAAUGUUGAUAACAGAGUCCUCUCCUGUACACAUAAUAACAGUGAAAAUGCUCUACUUGCAUGCCACACUCUAAAAGAUGAUAUGGAUGGCCAGAAAAUGGGCCCCUUCUUCUAUAACCCCUGUGCUGCUCAUACUUUGAGUUCAAUCAUAAAUGAUGGAUUAAGAACUACAAAGUCGAUAAUCUCAAAAAUUAGGGAGUUCGUUCUGGAGUUGAACUCUUCCUUACAAAUGUCUGAGGAUUUCCUGCAAUUUACGACUGCUUAUCAAGAAGGAAAUUGGAAAUUUCCCCUUGACGCCUCUGCUCGAUGGAGUGGCAAUUACCAGAUGCUUGAUAUUGCACGUAAGGCAGGGAAAUCAAUGGAAACUAUUAUCCGAAAGUAUGAGGAAUUGUUGGGCAGCAGGAUGCUGCUUAGUUCUCCAGAGAAAAAUGCUGUCAAUAUCAUGCAUGCGUAUCUAGAGCCUUUCUAUAAAACCAUCAACAAUAUAUGCACAACCAAAGUUUUAACAAUUGGUUUGGUUCUUUUCUUCAUGGAUCACAUUCUGGAGAUGAUAGCAGCCUGCAGAGACUCCAGACACAACCCAGACUGGCUCAAGGCUGCUGCUGAACAAAUGGCCAUCAAGGCACGUAACUACAAUGACCAAAUCUGCAAUGUAUUCACCUACAUGACUGCAAUACUGGAUCCACGGAUAAAAGUGGAGCUAAUCCCUGAUAGUAUAAAUUUAGAGAAUUACCUUGAGGAAGCAAGAACCCAUUUUAUAAGAAAUUAUUCCACCAGCCAUUUUCAAUCCGUUACCAGUUCAUAUGCAGCACAAGAGCUUGAGGAUGGGGGUACUGUUUCUUUCGCCGAGGAAAUUGCUCGUAAAAAACGAAGGGCAAGCAUGAGCUCUGCGACUGAUGAAUUAACCCAGUAUCUAUCAGAGCCACCAGCCCCCAUAUCAACAGAUGCUUUGGAGUGGUGGAAGGUGAAUAGUUCACGUUACCCACGGUUGUCCGUGAUGGCUCGAGAUUUCUUAGCCGUACAAGCCACUGCUAUUGCACCUGAAGAUCUUUUCUGCAGCAAAGGUGAUGAGAUUGAUAGGCUGCGUUUCUCUGCAUCCCAUGAUAGCACACAAUCUCUGCAGUGUAUAAGGUCAUGGCUACAAGGUGGGAUGAGGUUGAAGUAUAAAUCAACUGAGGUUGACUGUGAAAGGUUGAUGGAACUGGCAGCUGCUUCAGCAGCAGAAAAUAGCUCAACUGCUUCGGACAAGAAGCAGAAAUAAUGACUAAUUGCCUCCAGAGGGGAUACAACAAGGGGGAGAUAGCUAAUCAUUUUUGCUCAUAAGUUUACAUCUCAGUAGAUGUUACUUCUUGUCCACCUGCGAGUUUAACAAGUGUCUAUAUUCUCUUUGCUGUUUGAAGAUAAAUUUAUGUACCAUUGUACAGGUGAGAGCUAGUCAGAAGGGUAACGUAGAUAGCUGCAAGAUAUGUCAUGGGAAACGAUAAUAUCAAUCCUUUGCACUCCCAAGUGGGUGAUCCAUAGAUAUUCGAAUAUUGAUUUUUGGAUAUUGUAACACUAAACGAUAUUACUUA